AUGGGGGAGAACACACAAGGUGGAACCCCAGGGAGCUGGUUCAGGGUCACAAUUCCUUAUGGGAUAAAGUAUGACAGGACAUGGCUAAUGAACUCAAUCCAGAGACAUUGCAGUGUCCCCUUCACUCCAGUGGACUUCCACCUUGUGAAAAAUGUGGCUCAAUUCUUUGUCCAGGAAGCUAGCACUGCCUGUGCAUUGUUGGAUGUUAGCUACAAGAUUCGUGACAAGGAGAGCCGAAAGAUACCUGUCUUUGUCAGCCCCUCUGCUGUUCCCUACUCUGUGCAGUAUAAGUUGAAGCCAGAAGAAAUGGAGCAGCUAAAGCUGACCCUGAGCAAACGAUUUGAUGUCUCCCAGAAAGCUCUUGACCUCCAGAGGCUCUGCCUUGACCCAGACUUGGUGGGCUAUGAUAUUGAUAUAAUUCUGAAUCGAAGAAGCUGCAUGGCUGACACCCUGCAGGUCAUCGAAAAGAAUUUCCCUGAGCUGUUGUCCUUGAACUUGAGCAGCAACACACUGUACCAGCUGAAUGGCCUGUCUGACAUUAUACAGAUGGCCCCCACGGUCAAGAUCCUGAACCUCUCCAAAAAUGAGCUGACGUCUGUGUGGGAGUUGAGGAAGAUGCAAGGGCUGAAGCUUGAAGAGCUGUGGCUGCAAGGGAACCCAUUGUGUGACACCUUCCCAGACCAGUCCACCUAUGUAAGGUCAGUGUGA